AUGGAUCCUCAUGCUAUUCUAGAUUUCGAUGGUGAGGUGCACGGUAUACCACCUGGUUACAAAUUCCAGCCUGAUGACAUGGAAUUGAUUGAUUAUUAUUUAAAGCCCAAAAUCAAUGGCAAUGCCUUGCCAUUAAUUCCUGGUCUAAUUCAUGAAGUUGAUGUCUACACAAUUUCUCCUCAGCAUCUCAAUGAAAAAUAUAAGCGUGAAGGAGAACAUUGCAUGUAUUUUUUCACUCAAAGAAAUCGUAAGUAUUCAAAGGAAAAUCGUCCAAAUCGUGUUGUUGGAGAGUUUAGUUUCUGGAGGGUUACCGGAGUAGAUCGUCUAAUACGGUGGAAUGCUACUGUCAUUGGAACUAGGAAGUCUUUGGUAUUUUUUGAAGGCAAGCAUAAAGAACAUGUGAAGACCAACUGGCACAUGCAAGAGUUUACUCUAAAUAAUAAAGACAAAAGUAACCAUCAAAAUGUAAGUCUUGUUGCUGCGAGUUCAGAUGCACAUGCAAGUUAG